GAAUUUAACUUGUCGUCUGUCAACGUCGUCGUCGGGUGUAUGUAAACGCGGUCUGCGCCUGUCGCCUUUUUCUGCACAAGAAAUUCUCCAGUAACAUUACGCUCGGUAGUUUUAUUAAUAAAUAAAUGUAUUUAAUUUUCUGCUGUGUGUUAUACAAAUUAUGUGUGAAAAGCAAAGUUCAUAAAUAGUAGCAAAAAAGCUGUGAAAUUGACGAGCUGGCGCAUAAAUUGAAAGGAAUAGAAAACGAGAAAAAACCUGUGUGCAGAAGAGAAGUGAAAAGAUAUUCCUUUGUGUCGCUGCUUGGAAUUCGUCGGGUACUUGCCAGCGUGUUUUUGUGUGUGCGCGUUUAUGUUAGCAAGCAGGAAUUGGGGGAACUGAAAAUAAAACCUAACAAAAAUCAAGUGAACUUUCUGCUUAUAUGGCCAUCAAUUCCCCUAAAAUAGAACAAAUGUGAAACUGAAGCAAAAAGAUCGUAAAAUAAUUGUAAAAUAUCAAACAAACUUGUUGGCGUGUUCAGAGCGUUUAAAAAAGAAAACAAGUGUUUGCCAAAUUAGUAAAAUGUAAAAUGUAGAAAUAAGUACAAGUAAAAAGUGCGGGUUUCUCUUGGUGGGCAACAAAAUAAAAAAAGAUCAGUGAAGCGCGAACAAGCACAAGCAGCUAAAAAAAGUUGAAUUUACUUACAAAAAUACAAAAAUCUAGACGGAAAUCAUUGUAAGCUGCACAUACACGUUUAUUGAGCGAUCUAUAUUAAGCACAAAAUUAUUAAACAAAAACAACAAUCGAGAUAGAUUAAAGCAACUGUAUAAUUAAUUUGCCAAGUAGCAGCAGCAGCAACAAAAGUAACUUUAAUUCAUAACGCAAACAAAUCACGAAAAAAAAACAACAACAAGCAUGGAAGCAAUUGCCAAACACGACUUCUCAGCAACUGCCGAUGACGAAUUGAGUUUUCGCAAAAGCCAAAUUUUAAAGAUUUUAAACAUGGAAGACGAUUCAAAUUGGUAUCGUGCCGAAUUAGACAGUAAAGAGGGUCUCAUACCCAGUAACUAUAUAGAAAUGAAAAAUCAUGACUGGUACUAUGGUCGCAUCACACGCGCCGAUGCUGAAAAAUUGCUCUCAAAUAAACACGAAGGCGCAUUUUUAAUUCGCAUCAGUGAGUCCAGCCCUGGCGAUUUCUCCCUAUCAGUCAAAUGUCCCGAUGGUGUGCAGCAUUUUAAAGUCUUACGCGAUGCACAGGGUAAAUUCUUCCUUUGGGUGGUUAAAUUCAAUUCACUCAACGAGCUAGUGGAAUAUCAUCGAACCGCAAGCGUGUCAAGAUCACAAGAUGUUAAAUUAAGAGAUAUGAUACAUGAAGAGAUGCUCGUUCAAGCAUUAUACGAUUUUGUGCCACAAGAAUCUGGUGAAUUGGACUUUAGACGCGGCGAUGUUAUCACCGUCACAGAUCGAUCUGAUGAGAAUUGGUGGAAUGGUGAGAUUGGCAAUCGGAAAGGUAUCUUCCCAGCAACCUAUGUAACGCCAUACCACUCAUAAUAGAAUAGAAAGUCGUAAAAUAAAAUAUAAAAAAAACAAUAUAAAAAAUAACAAUAAAAACACUGCACACAAAUACAAAAACAACAAACAAACGAACACACAAAACAAUACUGGUAUCUAAAUUAAAAUUAAAAAAAAACGAACCACCAACAGUAACAAAUAUUUGCCACCAUUAUUUUUCACACAUUUUAUAAAAACGCCAAACACUGCUACAACAACAAUCAGAACUAUUAUCAGAAAAGUAGGAGUAACAACGGCAGGAAGAGACACUGCAAUAACACUCGAAAUUAAGAUUAGCAAUGGUAAUAGGGAUACAAAUGUUGUGUCAACAUUUAAAACUACAACCAUCAAUAGUUGUGAGCUGUCUCAUCAGCCAAGAAAUUUAUUAUCCUUGAGACUAUUGCAUGCGAAACAUCACAGCCACAUUUUAUUGUUUUUUUUUUUUAAGGAGCGCUUUGUUGCAGACAACCUUUUAGCAUGAGUAGUAUGGUAGUGUGCAAACGCUGAACGCAAUUUUUAUUUGAGGUUAGAGAUACAUAUAUAUAUAUUUAAACGGUAAAUUACUGUAAAGAGUGUAAAAUCAACUUAGCGAAACUCUAAAAUCAACUUAGCGAAACUCUAAACUUAGCUGCCUUAUCAUGUAUCUAAAAGUCAUAAUCCAAUUAAUUGUCGCGUACUUUAGGCACUGAAAUUUAUUGCAUGCCAAUUUGAAAGUUUAGUUUUAAGAAGAUUUUAAGUCUAUCCCAGGCAUAUUGAACAUAUUUAUUAUAUUUUGCAUUUGGUCUUUAAUUUCCAUUUUUGCUAACAUUUUACACUAAACUUUUACCAAUUUUACCUAUCUAUAUCGGCUUUUUAUAAUUGAAAUUUGUCACAUUUUUUUGUCAAAUUCAUACAUUUUUUAUGAAAUUUGCGACGGCUGGCAAUGGCAAACCUCCCGAGUGUAUUUCAGCCUUAGUAAAAUUUCUCAUAAAAUCCAUUUGCCAUUCGAAGAAAGUUAUUGACCAAAGCGUCGACAAUUUUUUGGUCGAAGCCGAACUAAAGUCUAACAAAAUUUUUUUGUCCGAACAUAAUGAAAGCCGAGUUGAAAAGUGGGUACUUCCCUAGCGGCCCGUGUUGUGCAAUAUAUUCUCGCCCUCAAAGAGAAAAAACUCGCCUAAGAGAUACAUGAUAAUGCGUGCUUGGUCAAGUAAAGAAACACUUUAUUAUGUUUAAUUUAGAGAACGAUUAGUUUUGUCGAGAAAUAUCAGUGGAAUCAUGCAAUUCAAUCGCAAUGGAAUGCAUUUUAUACAAUUUUUAAUUUCUAACCUCAAAAAAUUGUUUGUAAGACAUCCCAAAAGUAAUCACAAACACAUACAUAUAUACCCAGAAAACACCAACAACCACAUACCAGAUAUAUAAAAAUAAACCUACUAAAAUUAUACCUUUGAUAUGCAUUUUUUUGAAUAAUUUACUUUUAAAAAGGGGGGUGUUACUGAAAGUUUGUUUAAAUUAAAUGUAUGUAAGAGGUAAAACCAAUUUGUAAAAAAAAAUCGAUUUUGAUUUUGCUUUAAGAGCAGAAACGAACCUGCAUAAAGAAACAAUUACUUAUAACGGUAAAUUGUUUAACACGUUUUCGUGUAUUUUAAAGCUUUUUCUUUUGUUGAAAAGUUGAAGCGCUUAAUUUUCAAAUGAACUUUUAUUCGCUGCGAACGAGUUUUGCUAAUUUUACAAAUUACACAGUCUCACAAAAAAAUUUUUUUUAGCCAAAUUCUGUAUCGGUGCCAAAAAUUGUUUUACACUUUUUCAUAUAUUUUUCCGUAAUAAAAACUGUGACAAGAAUUUGUCACUGUUACAAAUGUGAUGACAAUUGUCACUCUGAAAAAUUUGUCACGACAAUAGCGAUAAAACUAAACACAUAGCUCCGUCGGAAUGUUUUCACAUGAGAAUUUUGUAAAAUUGUUUAUAUCGUAAUUGCGCGCAUUUCAUCAGUUUUCAAUAAUUUGAAUAUUUCUUUAAACUAAAAGAAUGCAAAUGCAAUUAUUACAUAUGCAUUACAUAAACAUUUCUUAUUACUAGCGACCAUUUUGUCAACGACAAUUUUAAAACCCGACUAUGAUAAUUUGUCACUUUUUCAAUGGAAUUUCUCAUGGAAUUGAAGCGGUGGUGAUAAUUGUUUUUAUUAAAACAAAACAACCACCAAUCUGUCUAAUUGUUACUGACAAUACAAAAAAUUCCGAUCACUGUCACGUUAUAAAAUAUGCACCAGGUGGUCCUUUCAAUUUUUGUUCAAUAUGGUAAAUUUCUAGUGUAAUUCAAUCGAUAUAUUAGUUUUAUUAAUUCAAACGCUUCAUUUGUGUAAUUCUUUAGUAUUUAAUUGGGUGGUGAAAACGAAAAUAUCCUAGCCUGUUUCCCCGCCUAACUUUUUUGAGGGGCUGUGUAAUUUAUAAUUUUUAAGAAGUCUUCACACAAUUUGUAUUUUGAAUAAAUUGCACCUUUUCAAAUUUACACUUCUUUUUUCUUAAUUGCUUUGUCCAGUUUAAGAGGCUCUUAAAUGCCGCCAUAACCAUCAUUUCAAAUUUCCUGCUUCAAUUUUAUGUGCUUGAGUAGUUUUUAAAUUUUGUUUUAGCGCUUGCAAAGUAUUUAUUCGUCUUAAUAAUGUGUCAUGUUUUAACAAUUUUAUUUUUUAUGGAUUUAUUUUAAUUUUUUUUUUUUUGUAAGCAAUCAGAAAAAAAACUAAAAGUUUUGAGGUGGUAAAACACAUGAAACGCAAAUAAAAAAUGUGCUAAGAGAUGUUAAAUAAAAAAAUAAUAAUUAAAAAAUUACAAGCAUAUAUAUAAAUAGCAACCAAUAAGUAAUAGUUUUACUAGUUUUUUUUCAUAUACAUACAUACAUGAAAAUAUUAUACCAACAUACAUACUACAAGCAACGUUUAUGCAUUAGGAAAGGAAAGGGUGCAAAUAAAAAACACAAAAAUAAGUAAAAAAUGUUUGCGCCUAAAAAUUUAAGCGUUUUUUUGAUUUUAAAAAACUUUCUUAAGAACAAAAUCCGUAUAUACAAGUACAUAUGUAAGCAGUUGAAAGCGUGCUGAAAAUGUACUAGAUAGUACAUACUACCAGAAAACAUAGGGAAGUGAAAAAGUGUGCAAUCAAUUUUCUUUUCAAGAAAAUGGCAACGAAAAACAAUUAGUUGUAGCAAAAAAAUUAAAAUUGCACAACCAGCUUCACUCCAAUCAACAUGCCUACAUUAAGGGUUCUCGCAGUUAUAUGUAUAUUGCCAUAAAUAAAAAUAACACUUAAAGUUAUACUAAAACUAAAAAAUUGGCUGCGUGCAUACAGAUGCAUACACAAUAAAUUUGUUUUAAUGUUGAAAGUUUUUAAACAAAAACUGGCUACUACAUUUCUUUUACUUUCUAUAAAUUUUAAUUUGGUGCAAACAAAACAUCUCAGUGCUAAUUUAUAUGGACGCUCAAAGUAUCACUGGUUCGUUUUUGCGCUUACUGCCCUAUUCACUCAAUGACAGAACCAAUCGUAUUAAUGGAUUUAAAUACUGCGCCGGAAAGUGUGCCCAAUAAACUUUGGCUUUAAGUGCUCUAAAAACUACAGUUUUCUAUAUCACAAUUUUUUAUAUGUUAUGGUUAUGACCUAUUUGACCUAUUGAGUGCGUGACAACGACGAAACAAUGCUUUUUUUCGGUAGCAAAGUUUUAGGCGCAGUAGUUAAAUCAAUUGGUAUGUAAUGAGUUUGUCACUGGCGUGGGCGUGGCGUGGCGCAGCUAUUAAUCAUUACUUGCAGGCAAGCGUCUCACACACAUGAGUACUUGUUUCGUGCUUUACAAACAAAAGCUUUAAUUUUUUUCACUUUCUUAUUAAACGUCGUAUUGAUUAGCGCACGACAGCUUCUAGUUUGAAAUUUUAUUUAAAUCUUAAAAAAAAUAUAUAUAUAUAAAAAUAGUCGCGCAAACUUUGCAUUUCUUUUAGUAAACCACCAAGUGUAAAGCGUCAGAAAUUUAGAAAAAAAGCAAAAUAAUCACUUUUUUACUUCAAAGAUAUUAAUUGUAAAAUGAUUUAACAGAUGGGAA